AUGUGGAUCCAAAGCAUCUUAUUCAUAUUUGUUGUCUACAACACAUAUUUGUAUGCGUUAACCACAGGAGAUAUAACACUGGAGUGUGACGAUAAACUUACAGCCCUGGAAAUUGAACAAAGGAAUUUGGAUGUAAUAUUUGUUCCACUGUAUGCCUCAAAGCUAAUUCACGUCAUCGCCGAACAUUUUGUAAACAUCACCCACUAUUCUUCAGUCACUGAUGGCUGUAUGUCUAAUUUAAACUCUCUGGAAACAGUAUUGAGUACAAGCGCCGGAAAAGAUCGCAAUCUUAUUUUCACAGUGAGCGGAAAUUUUCUUGAUGUUCAAACAGCAGCUACAAUGUCUUUUGCAGUCUUCACAAAACUUAAAUGGCAUCUUUCAAUCAUUUUCUUCGACUCUUCUUAUGCAUUUCUUCUGGAUGAAUUCGCUGCAAAAACAAACAAAGAAACACAUAUGCAGAAGUUAUACAACAUAGAUGACUUUUCCAACGAAGAUGAUGUAAUGGAGCUUUUGAAAAAUCUAUACUCCGAAUUAGCAGAAAGCCAUAUCAAUUUUACUGUUCUUUGCAACCACGAAAACGCAAGAAGACUGUUAAGAAAGGCGAGUGCCUUUGACCAGACCAAAGAGAAUUUUCGCCAUACUGCUCUUCGGGAUCACUCAUCCUGGAUUGUUGUGACAGCGGCAUCAAGUCUAAAUGAGGACAUUGAUACAAGCACCUCCCUGCUCGAUAACGUACUAAUACUUAAUCUUUGGCAGGAGGAAGCAAUGAGUAAUGUAAAGAACUGCAGUACCAAUAACAAGGCACAGAAUUAUUAUAUAUACACACUAAUGUGGAAAACAAAAACACAGUGUUCUCCAAAAUGCAAUUUGUAUAGACAAUUCGAGAUAAUUGGAUGCAUGAAACCAAAUGGAUCUCUUCAAACAAAUUCUGUGUUUUUCCCAAAUUCCAAUUAUGGAUUUAAUAGACGACACAUGUUGGUGACAACUAAAUGGUGGCCACCAUUUACAGAAAGAAUACAGGAAGACGGGAAAACAGUUGAUUACGUUGGAUAUUGUAUGGAUCUUCUUAGAGAAAUGGGAAAAGCACUAAAUUUUACAUAUACUGUGACAGAGCCCGUGGAUGAUGAAUUUGGUAGAAUGCUGGACAAUAAAUCAUGGAGUGGCAUGAUUGGUCAGCUGGAGAGACGGGAGGUAGAUUUAAUGGUUGCCACUACUUCAAUCCGACCAGACCGAGAGAAAGUGAUGGACUUCACAUUGCCUUUUUAUUACGACACAUCGACACUCCUCAUGAAAAAACCUGACCCCAAUGAAAAAAAGUUGUUGAUCCUUGCCAAACCUUUACGUUGGGAGGUGAUGCUAUGUACAGGAGUGGUGCUGGUUGUGUGUGGAUUGUUUUUAUGCCUGACUGAGCAUAUUUCCCCUUACUACAUAAUACACGGAAACAGAGGGAAACAGGAUUUCCAACGGUCAUUUUGGUACAUGUUUGGUGCUUUACUUACUCAAGGUGGUGAAAGUGUUCCAAAGUCACCAAGUGGCAGGACACUCAUUAGUGCGUUUUGGUUAUUCUCCAUCGUUUUAGUUGGGACCUACAGUGGGAAUCUUAUUGCUUUCCUUACCGUUCCUCUGGAUAAACCUCCUUUUAAUUCCCUGGAUGAAAUGAUUGCCCAGUCGGAAUACAAAUGGGGUACCAUAGGGGGUACGUUCUUCGUGACAUGGUUCAAUACAUCAACAGUUGAAACAUUACAAGCUGUGUGGGCAGGAAUCAAAAGGUUCAACAAGACUGAUCCCGAAGUUCUGAGCCCAGAUCCCAAUGUUCACAUAGCAAAAAUGUACAGAGAAAAAUAUGUGUACUUCGGCGAUAAAGUUUAUAUGGAUAUUCGGAAAUCGAACAGGUGCGAGCUCAUGACAGCAGAGGAAGAAAUUCCCAACAACUAUUAUGCAGUAGGACUUCCCAAUAACUCCUUGUAUACCAAAAUAUUUUCGGAUCAAAUUAUAUCACUUCAGGAAGGCGGAAUCAUGCAAACAUUUAAGGAAAAACAUUGGCCAAAAUCUAUAUUCUGCUUUGCACCAUCUGGGCUUCAGUCCCGUCCGAUCUCUCUCAUUGACCUCCAGGCUGCUUUCUAUCUCAUAGGUAUAGGCAUUCUGAUGGGAUUUAUUGUUCUGAAGUUGGAGUUCAUACUUAGUUGGCUUUCAAAGAAAUGCUGUCAUCAGACACAUGAAAAAUGUGUUCACUUGAGAACUAUUCCGACCAAUCAGGACGUAUUGGAUGCCAUUACAGAGGAAAAUAUCGUAUCUGAUCCCAUUGUUGAACUUUCAGACGAAAAAGACGAAACUAUUAUUUUUAGUCAUUUUAUCCAGUUGUGAUAUACAUAUAAUGCACUUUUAUACCUCACCAUAGCAAAAGACUUAGAUAAAAAUUUUUGAUUUUCAAA